CGGCGAUCGGCGCCAGGGAGCAGAGCAUCGAAAAACUUCCGAGCCGGGUGCGCACCACACGCCAGCUCAAUACGAUCGUGACCGUCGAGUGUGCCGGAAGACGGACCGCUCCGAACAAGACAAGUGUCUUCUUGCCCCUUUUGUUUUUGUUUUUGAGUCAUCCAAUAGACAAUACUGUUAUUCUGUCCCACCGCGAACCUUUGGUGUCCGUUGGCGUUGGUCGUUCACGACAGGUUGAAAGUUGCCUCGAACUCGAAAGCGUGCAAGCUCGUGGGUGUGCUGUGGUGCAUCCAUUGUGACGUUGAGAAAGCGCAAACGGGAGAAAAAAAACCCGAGUGUGUAAUCAGUGCCGGUGGUGCAGAUAGGGCGCGCACACCCAGAUCGUGUAACUUCACAGGUCAAAGCUCGCUACACUUUUCCACUGUACAGUAGAAAACCCAAAAACAACACACAAAAAUACCGACCAUGUCGCCACUCGGGUUCAACGAUCCGCUGUCGGCGGUGGCAUCCGUAGUCACGGGAGUUGCGAUCGUACUGUCACUAAUCAAAUACUACCUCUACCUCACCUGCGGGCACUUUACCUCAUCUCGAAAGAUGGAGGGUAAGACGGUCAUCAUUACCGGCGCAAACUCGGGCAUUGGCAAGGAAACUGCCCGCGAUUUGGCUAAACGAGGCGCCCGCGUCAUUAUGGCGUGCCGGAACAUGGAGACGGCCAAGCAGGCGCAAGAUGAGAUAGUGAAGGAAACGGGCAACCAGAACGUAACCGUGCUGAAGCUUGACCUCAGCUCCCAGGCCUCCGUGCGCGAGUUUGCCGCGGAGGUGCUGCGCACGGAGCGCAAGCUGGACGUGCUGGUCCACAAUGCCGGGUUUGCGGAAACGUUCCGCAAGACGCAAUCGGUGGACGGUAUCGAGUUCACGAUGGCCACCAACCACUACGGCCCGUUUCUGCUGACCCAUCUGCUGAUCGAUCUGCUCAAGCGCUCCGCACCGAGCCGCAUCGUCGUGGUGGCGUCCGAGCUGUACCGCUUCGCCUCGGUCAAUCUGAACAACCUGAACCCGGUCGGCAGCCUGCCCGCCUACCUGUACUACGUGUCCAAGUGUGCGAACAUUAUGUUCACCCGGGAGCUGGCCCGCCGGCUCGAGGGCACGUCCGUGACGGCCAACUGUCUGCAUCCGGGGAUGAUCGAUUCCGGCAUCUGGCGCAACGUACCGUUCCCGCUGACGCUGCCGAUGCGCGUCAUCAAGAGCUUCUUCAAGACGAACGUGGAGGGCGCGCAAACGUCACUGUAUCUGGCCUGCUCGGAGGAGGUGCAGGGCGUCAGCGGCAAGUACUUCAUGGACUGCAAGGAGGCGAGCCUGAGCGCGGGCAUCAGCGACAUGGAGAAGGCGCGCAAGCUGUGGGACGAGUCGGCGAAAAUUGUCAAGCUGACGGAGAGCGAUCCUAAAAUCUAACUCCUCUAGUAGAUCCAGGGCGACCUGCCUGAUUUGUGUUCCAGAUAUCUCUAGACAGGGAGAGAGAGACAGAGAUAGUAUUGUUGUUUUCCAUCCAUUUUCUUUUUUAUAAUUUAGCAUUUAACGUUCAAGAUGGUCCAAGAAGUAUUGGGUAAAUAAAAUCUGUUGAUCCGUCCGUUUAGCGGUUCCAUCCUCCACAAGUCAAUGAACCUGAGAUAGGCGUUCCAUCCGUAUUUUUUUUUUUGCAGAGCGGAACGAUUCCCCUGAGAUAAUGUGUGCGUUUUUUUGCUGUGCUGUGUUUGUGUUUGCUCUUACCUCAAUUGUCAAUUUUUGCAUUACUUCGCUUCAUUUGUUCGUAUGGUACUGAGGGCGCGUUUGCUUCGUUUACGCUUCGUUGACGCUUUUUUCUUACUUUUAUAGAGUUUGUUUUGUUUUUCAUUUCAUCCGCGUUUUCGCUAACCUACAUAUACAUAAUAAUAACAGCGCCUUAGAAGACCACCUCCGCUCGGUGGUUAAUAUUGCUAAGCUUCAUUAAAAAAUGUCUCGUUUUUUGUCAUUGCUGACAAAUCUCAUUAUUCAUCGAGCAAAUAGACUCGAUGCGUCAGCAGAACUGUGAGCUAGGUCAGUAGGUGAAAAUAAGAAACUUCUUGAACGUAGGAGAUUUUUUUUUAAUAACUUUUAAUCAGACGAAAGGGACCAAUAGGGGGAUAAAAUCUCUAAAAGUCAUAAUUUAUAUUUUUUCAUAAAGGUUCCAUAACUUUUCAUGUGACAUUUUAAUUCAACUCAUUUUUCAGAGUCUUAUUUUUCUCAUAAUAUUCUCAUUGCUCAUACAUUGUCUUAAUUUUAAUUACAAUAAUUUUUACGAAUCAUCUACUCCAUUUGUUCCUGUUCCAACAUUUUUGACACACACUGUAUGGUGCAAAAUGCGCUUUCGAUGAAACAUUUCAUUAAACUUUCAAUUGUAUAUUUUAAUAUUUGUUUCCGAUAAACAUGUUACUAAAUGGACUAUUUUAAAUUAAAAGAUCUUUCUACGAUAAAAGAGCAAUAAAAGUCAUAAUAUUUACCUCUAUUUAACCUAAAACAGGAUCGUUUAUUAGGCAGACUUUAGUUAACGGCGUUAGAUGAAAUAUUUCAAUUGUGAAAGCUUUCCCAAAAAGCUUUCAGACGAAUGAAUGAACGUUUACACGGAGCGAAAUCAUUUUUCUAUUGUU